AUGGCUGCCCUCAGACCCCUCGUGAAACCCACGAUUGUCAAAAAGAGGACCCAGUCAGACCGAUGUGUCAAGAUGAAGCAGAACUGGCGGAAACCAGAGGCACUGACAAUAGGGGGCCAGAUCCUGAUGCCCAACGUGGGUUAUGGAGCAACAAGAAAACAGCACAGGCUGCCCAGUGGCUCCCGGAGGCUCCUGGUCCCUAAUGUCAAGGAGCUUGAAGCGCCGCUGACGUGCAGUCGCACUGUGCUGAGUGCUCACAGCGUCUCCCAAAGACCCGCAAAGCCCCUGGGGGAGGAGCAGCCAGCUGCCAUCAGGCCACCAAUCCCGACGCCAGGCUGCGCAGCGAGAGAGUGA